CGAAGGAAAUUAAAAACAAGCACAAAGAAAUAUCUAAUCCAUAACAUAAAAAAAAUGGAAAAUAUAAAAAGGGUUUAUAUUGUUGCAUUGCGUUGGCAAUGAACGGCGGUUCCGGCACGGCGGAGCUCUGCUACUUACGACUUUGCAUUGUUUGAAAAAUGACAUCGGAGUUUUGAUCAAUUGGAGAUGGAGAACAGCAGUGGAGUGGAUGAUCAGGGAUCAGGAUGGUUCGAAGUGAAAAAGAAGCACAGGAGCAGUUCUAAGUUUUCCCUACAGAGUUGGGUUGGAGGAUUUUCGGGAAAAAAUUCGUCUGAUUCUAUGUGCAGGACAAAUCUUGUGAAUAAAAAUCCCCAAAAUGACAGGUCAAACUCAAAGUCUCAUCCUCCAACAGGAGGAAGCUAUGCAGUAUAUACCCAAAGUAAUACUGAGAAUUGUGUUGCUACAUCAAUUGGAGAUGAUGAAGGUUCACAUUCCCCUGAUAAAUGUAUGGUCAGACAAGACACUGAAUUCCCCAAGUCAUCUGUUUUGCACAUUGCAGAUUCUAAUGCUGGAAAUGAAGAAUGUGAGAAAGUCUCCCAUAGGGAUAUGCCUGGAGUGGUCCAAAAAAUCAAAUGGGGUGAUCUAGAGGAUGAUAGUUUGGUAUUGAAUAACAGUGCUAAUGGAGUUGAAAUAAAGUUUGGUAAUAUUGGAGAGGUUGAUCUAGGUGUCUCUGAAAAAAAUGAGGUUAAGCAUGACUUGGCUUCACUCGUAUCUUCAUCCGUAGAUACCCAAGUGAGCACAUUGGUGGCAGCAUCAGUCAGAGACGAGGAGGCCUCUGAUCAGACUCUUUUGUCAACUAAUGAGAUCAAUUCAUGCCAAGUUAGCCAUCAAGAUAUUAAUAGGGAAUUUAUAGAAGAUUUGAAAGUAAUAAGUAAUAGUGAAGCAACAGUCUGUUCUGUUAUUGAUGGUUCAAAUUUCAAGGAUACGAGAAAUGAAAACACCAAACCUGUAGAUAAUCACAGUUCAAAUUUUGAUUUUCUCUUUUGUGAAGAAGCUGGAACUGAGGCAAAAGUCCAGAAGGCUAUCAAGGUACAUGAGGUCGAAAAUCCAGUGCUCCAUGAAGCAGCUGGUGAGCCUGAGAUUUCUAGCUUGUCAUUGCCUGUUCAGAAUGCUGAGUCAGUUUCAACUAAAACUAGUGGACAUGAAAAUUCAGGGGGUUGCUCUGAUUCGGUUGAAGAAACUCAAAUUGAACAAGGGAGUGGAACUCAUAAUGUGCAAGUUGUGAGUGCCCCCAGUGAAGGUGCGACAGGUGAGAGUAAAGAAAGGUUUAGGCAGCGGCUCUGGUGCUUCCUUUUUGAGAAUCUUAAUCGAGCUGUAGAUGAACUUUAUCUCCUUUGUGAACUGGAAUGUGACUUGGAACAGAUGAAAGAAGCCAUUCUUGUUCUUGAAGAGGCUGCAUCUGACUUUAAAGAGCUAAAUACUAGGGUGGAGGAGUUUGAAGAGGUAAAGAAGUUGUCUUCUCAGUCUAUUGAUGGGAUGCCAAUCACUAUGAAGAGUGACCAUUGUAGGCCACAUGCUCUCUCUUGGGAGGUUCGGCGGAUGACAAAUUCUCCUCAUAAAGCAGAGAUUUUAUCGUCAUCACUUGAGGCAUUUAAGAAAAUUCGGCAAGAGAGAGCCAACAUGCUUGAAGCAAGCAAAAAACUUCCCGGGAAUGAGUGUCUAAGUCCUCAGUGUAUGGAUCAAAUGAAGAAAACUUCUACAAUAAAUUGUGUAGUGCAUGAUGCUCCAGAUUCAGCAUCAAAAGCGGCAGGAAAUAAAGGUGUAGAUCUCACUCCUGGGAGCCUUAGUGGAAAAGAAAAGAAUACUGAGUCUCUUGGUUCUGAUAAGGUUAAUGUUGCGCAAAAUAUACGUUCACGACCACAGAAUUCCUCUUCUAUAAAUUCAUCAAAGCCACCUCUAGCUGUAAAAUUUAAGCGAGAGCAACUUGAAUCUGAUGUAGAAAGGUUAGUUUCUAGAAGAGAAAGGGCUCUAGCAGAAGGCACAUGUGAGAAAACUCAGAAACCUGUAGAACAUUCCAAAAGACAAGCAACUGUUUCUGAAAAAGACAAGGAAAAAGAGAAGAGGAAUAUGGGUGCUCGAAAAUCCAUGGAUGCAUGGAAAGAAAAGAGGAACUGGGAAGACAUACUUUCAUCAUCCAUACGUAUUAGUUCUCGAGUUUCACAUUUGCCAGGCAUGAGCAAGAAAAGUGCUGAGCGUGUACGAGUGCUGCAUGAUAAACUAAUGUCCCCAGACAAGAAGAAGAAAACUUCUUUAGAUGUAAAAAGGGAGGCAGAAGAAAAGCAUGCUCGUGCAAUGAAAAUUAGAUGUGAACUAGAGAAUGAAAGGGUUCAGAAACUGCAGCGUACUUCAGAGAAAUUAAAUCGUGUUAAUGAAUGGCAGGCUGUUCGCACUAUGAAAUUAAGGGAGGGAAUGUAUGCUCGCCACCAGCGCAGUGAAUCUCGACAUGAAGCUUUCCUAGCUCAAGUUGUGAAGAGAGCUGGUGAUGAAAGUAGUAAGGUGAAUGAGGUUCGUUUCAUCACCUCCUUAAAUGAAGAAAAUAAAAAGAUUAUGCUGCGGCAGAAGCUUCAUGGUUCUGAGUUGAGGAGAGCUGAAAAGCUUCAGGUAAUGAAAAUUAAACAAAAGGAAGACAUGGCUAGAGAAGAAGCAGUGUUAGAACGGAAGAAAUUGAUCGAAGCUGAAAAAUUGCAGCGCCUUGCUGAAACACAGAGGAAAAAGGAAGAGGCUCAUGUUCGAAGGGAAGAAGAGCGGAAAGCAUCUAGUGCAGCGAGGGAGGCGAGGGCCAUGGAACAGCUACGAAGGAAAGAGGAAAGAGCAAGAGCCCAACAAGAAGAAGCUGAACUCAUGGCCCAGAAAUUGGCUGAGCGACUUAGUGAAAGUGAACAGCGACGAAAGUUUUAUUUGGAGCAAAUACGGGAGAGGGCUUCUAUGGAUUUUAGGGACCAAUCUUCACCCUUGCUGCGACGAUAUAUGCAUAAGGAUGGUCCAAGUAGAUCGGCAACUAAUAACAAUGUUGAUGAGCAGGGGCCCAGUAGCUCUGACUUGGGUUCUGGUCUUGCAAUGGGUAAGACAACAUUGCAACAACACAUGAAACGAAGGAUCAAAAGAAUUCGACAGAGGCUUAUGGCUCUGAAGUACGAAUUUGUUGAGACCACUAAUGGAGCUGAAAAUGUUAGCAUUGGAUAUAGAACAUCCAUUGGAACUGCGAGGGCAAAAAUAGGUAGGUGGCUUCAAGAACUUCAGAAACUUCGCCAAGCAAGAAAAGAAGGAGCUGCAAGUUUGGGGCUGAUAAUUGCUGAAAUGAUCAAGUACUUGGAUGGCAGGGAACUUGAGCUGCAAGCUUCUCGUCAAGCUGGCUUACUUGAUUUUAUUGCUUCUGCCCUUCCUGCUUCUCACACAUCUAAACCAGAAGCCUGUCAAGUGAUGAUACACCUAUUAAAAUUGCUUAGGGUAGUAUUAUCUGCAUCAGCAAACAGAAGUUACUUUCUUGCACAGAAUCUCUUGCCACCAAUCAUCCCAAUGCUAUCAACAGCCCUUGAGAACUACAUUAAGAUUGCAGCUUCUAUUAAUGCCCCUGGUAAUGGGGUUCAAUCAAGUAGAACGUCUAUUGAAAAUUUUGAGUCGAGCUCUGAAGUACUGGAUGGGUCUUUGUGGACUAUCACAACGAUAAUUGGUCAUAUAAACCCAGAAGGGCCACAACUCCAAAUGUGGGAUGGUUUGCUAGAACUAUUGGUUGCCUACCAGGUUAUUCAACGGCUUCGGGAUCUUUUUGCACUUUAUGACAGACCUCAGGUGGAAGGGUCUCCAUUUCCUUCUUCGAUUCUUUUAAGUAUACGUCUUUUGGUGGUUUUAACAUCAAGACCUGGAACUGAUAGUACCAUUAAUUGUGUAUUACCAUUUAGUGAAAAUUUGACGGGGGUUGAAAGUGGAAUUGCUAUUUCUACCAUGUCUAGAGAUUUUCCUAGAACAGGUUUCACUGAGGAUGGUAUACCUUUAGAAUCUGGGUUAAAUGGGGGUAAAAUCUUACAAAAUCCAAAAAUGACCGUAGAUCAACUGGAUGAGUCAUGUGAGCAGAAGAUAAAGACUGGGAUGAUACCCAUUGAUGGUGGUCAGAGGGAGCCGCAGACUGAUUGCUUUAUUGAGGCAAAUGGUGUUAAUCUUAUCCAGAUCGAUAUUCAGGAUGAACCACAAGAUGGUGAAAUUGUCUUGAAACCUUAUGUAUCCCAAGGGGAUCAAAAACAACAUGUGGAUGUUGUAUCUGACGAAGGGAUAAAAAAUGUUACGAAGAUGAAACCACCAAUAGCGUAUCUAUUAUCUGCUAUAUCUGAUACUGGAAUUGUUGGUCUCCUGUCUUUACUAACAGCUGUAUUGUUGCAAGCAAACAAUAGAUUAUCAUCCGAACAGCCAUGCAGACUGAAAGCCAUGGUUUCUUCAUGCUCAUGUUGCCUCAUUCUCUUUUUGGCCUCAUAUAUCCUUCCGUCUAACUUUGAAGAUGUUGCUACUGGUGUGCUGAAGGUGUUAAAUAAUCUAGCCUUCUUGGAUCUUAAAUUUAUGCAGCGAGUGCUAGCUAGACCAGACCUGAAAAUGGAGUUUUUCCAUUUAAUGAGUUUCCUUCUCUCGCACUGCUCAAGCAAGUGGGCAGCUCCCAGCGAUCCGAUAGGUCUUCUGCUUCUCGAAUCUCUAUCGAUUCUUGGGCAUUUUGCUUUGUUCCAUCCUGGGAAUCAAGAAGUCCUUCGCUGGGGAAAGAGUCCAACCAUACUCCACAAGGUGUGCGACUUGCCGUUUGUGUUCUUCAGCGACCCUGAAUUGAUGCCAGUGUUGGCUAGUACCUUGGUUGCUGCCUGUUAUGGGUGUGAACAAAAUAAGUCCGUUGUUCAACAAGAGCUAAGUAUAGAUAUGCUGCUUUCAUUAUUGAGAUCCUGCAAAAAUAAUCUACUAGUACCAGCUUUACCAUCGACUUCAACACAAGAGAACGAGGAAUCUAAUGAGUCUAACCCAAAUGGUUUCGAGUCUAGAAAACCUCAAACAGACGGUAUCAUUAGAGCCACCCGCAAUGUCAGCAGAAUCACAAGAACUUCCUUAGGAAGACCUGGAGGAGUUUCCUCAGGAAAUAGCAAUAGGAAUAACAAAACAAGAAACCAAAGAGAUAACAGAUCAGCUAAAGCAUCUGAUGAAAUAACUUUGAAGCACAAUCAACCAGCAAUGGAAGUUGCAUCUGUGAUGUUGCAUUAUAGAUUCCCUAGCAGUUUUCUUGAUAGAGCAGAGCAGUUCUUUUCAGCUGACAUUUCCACUGCUGUUGAUGGAUAAAUUGAGAAGGCUUUAUGUGGGAUUUACUUGCCUUUGCUUUCAAGCCAUGAUGUGAAUGUAAUCAAGGAACAGCUAACAGAUUACAACAACUUUGAAGACAGUUAAUUAUACCAACAAAUUCAAAAGUUUAUAGGCCAUCAUUAAUACGAAGAAAUAAGUUUUCCAGCUUUACUACUCGACAUGAAAAGAAAAAAAUGUUUGUAUUAUUUUCUUUAAUUUACUUUGAACAUCAGAUCAUAUGCUGAAAAAGCACUUGUUUGGAUCUUGUUAUAGUACAAUUGGAAUUGAGGGAUUCGGACAACAAAUCUCAUGAUGAGCAGCUCAAUUGAAUGCUAGUUGAGUUGUGCUUUGAUGACACUUGUUUGUCGUGUACAUUGAAUUAGUGUUUUUAUAUAUGCUAAUAAUUCACUUGUCUGUAAAA